AUGUUCCCCACCCAGCACAAGUGUGCAGCUGGUACCUGGAGCGAACGGACUGACCUGGUCUCUGCGAGCGAGUGCUCCCCCUGCCCCAGGGGGUGGUACUGCCUGACUGGGGCAGGACUGCCGUCCGGGAGGUGCAGCUCUGGACAUUACUGCCCUGAAGGCACCCAGUUUGGCUCCCAGUUCCCCUGCCCUGCCGGUACCUACAGCACACGGAUGGGCAACGGACAGAAGGAUGACUGCCGGGUCUGUCCCGAGGGAUCGUACUGCACUGAGGGCUCUGCCAAACCCACGCCCUGCCCAGUGGCUACCUAUCGGAGUGUGAAAGGAGGAAAGGCAGCUGAAGACUGCACCCCAUGCCCUGCAGGUUAUCACUGCCCUCGAUUUGCAACAAUCAAACCCAGGGCCUGUGGGACUGGCAGCUAUUCAGAUCAUGGUUCGGCUUUGUGCUUACCCUGCCUCCCUGGACACUACUGUAGUAAUGAGACCACCAGCCAGGAGGCGAUGUUGAGCGUGAUGGUGUGCCCAGCUGGACUGAUUUGCACUGAAGGUUUGGACAGGGAGCCGCAGAGAGCCACCACUCUCUGUCCCAAAGGCUAUUACUGCCCAGGAGGAGACAUUGAUCCUAACCCUAGGCUAUGCCCAAACGGGACCUACAGUGACCGUCAAGGCUUGCGAGAGGUGUCUGCCUGUACCCCCUGCCCUGCCGGGCAGUAUUGCUUCAGCAAGUCCCAGGGGAUCUCCCGGCCAACAGGAAGCUGCCCUAGUGGGUAUCACUGCCCAGUAGGUACAGGGUACCCUUAUUCAUUCCCCUGCACCCCUGGGUCCUAUCGGAACAGCUCCCUGGGGCACAGAGGGGAGACGUGUCAGCCAUGCCCCGCUGGGUUUUACUGCGCCAGUCAAGCCACUGAGAUCCCCACUAUCUGCCCUAGAGGUUACUUUUGUGUUGAGGGAAGCAGCAGCCCUGAGCCAUGUGAAGAGGGGACCUACAGUGCCAGGCCUGCUCUGAGGGCUGGUUCAGAGUGCGCUCCUUGUGUUGGGGGUUGGUACUGCGCUGGUGUUGGACUGACUGAACCCACUGGUUCCUGUGAAGCUGGGUUCUACUGCAGGGAGAGAGCGAGGUCUGCGACCCCUGCUGAUGGGCACACCGGAGGACUGUGCCCGAUUGGGAGCUAUUGCCCAGCUGGCUCUGCCUUCCCUUUGCCCUGCCCACCUGGGACCUUCAGUAAUGCCACAGGACUCAGCCGCCCGGGGCUCUGUGUAGACUGCACCCCAGGCUACCAUUGCUCUGGGUCUAAUGUCUCUGCUCCUGCUGGUCUCUGUUCUCCUGGCUAUUACUGUACCGGUGGUGCCUCUUCACCCAAUCAGCACGAGACCCAGGAGGGACACUACACCCUGCCGGGAGCGUUCACACCGGAGCCAUGUGCACUAGGGACCUUUCAGCCGGCUCGGGGACAGUCCUCUUGUCUGGAGUGUCUAAGAGGCCGGUUCUGUAACCAGACCGGUCUGGCGCGACCUUUCCCUUGUCCUCCAGGUCACUACUGCCUUCCCGGGACCGUCGCUCCCACUCCCUGCCCAGCAGGGUCGUACACUGCCCAGGAGGGUGCUGGAGAUACUGAGCAGUGUGUGCUGUGUGACCCCGGGCAGUUCUGCAGCAUGGCUGGCCUCUCUGCCCCGAUGGGGCCCUGCAAGCCAGGCUACUACUGCACUGGAGGGGCAAACUCCUCAAUGCCUGUGAACAUGCCCUUUGGCGACCUUUGCCCUGCUGGCUUUUUCUGCCCGUCAGGGACCAGACACCCCUUUGAAAACCCCUGCCCCCCAGGAACCUGGAAUAAUGGACGAGGGGGGUGGAACCAGACCUCUUGCUGGCUUUGCCCCCCGGGGCAUUACUGUCAUGGUACCGGCUUGGCUCAACCCUCAGCUCUGUGUGCGCCCGGAUUUUAUUGCUCGGGAGGGGCUGAGACUUCAAUGCCGGUGGACGGGGUAUCGGGUGACAGGUGCCCUAAAGGUCUCUAUUGCCCCAAAGGCUCAGUGUUGCCCCUGCCCUGCCCAGAUGGUUCUUACACCAACAUCACAGGCGCCGCGGAGUGCCUGGACUGCCCCGCUGGCUAUUAUUGCCUCUCAGGGCAGAGCGUCCAGUUGUGUCCGGAGGGUCAUUACUGCCCCGGGGGCACAGGGUUAGAUCGCCUGCCCUGCCCACCUGGUACCUACAGCCCUGAGCCCGGGAACAGCCAGCUGGAGCAGUGCCUACUGUGCCCUGCAGGGAUGUACUGUGAAGACUGGGGACUCUCUGUCCCUACGGGGUCUUGUCAGGCUGGCUACUUCUGUCUAGCAGGUAUGAACUUCAGGAACCCCGAUGGUAACAUUAGCACUGGGGUGGGGGGGCCGUGCCCCCGGGGGCAUUACUGUCCAGCUGGCACCAGCCUACCCGUGCCCUGCCCACUCGGGACUUUCUCCAGCAGACUUCACGUGGAAGAGGAGUCUGGCUGCAGUGCCUGUCCUCCGGGGGUGUUCUGUGGAUCAGAGGGGCUGAGCCAGCCUACAGGACCCUGCAGAGAGGGGUUCCACUGCCCCGGUGGGGCAAAAUCACCCCUGGGGUCUGAGGGUACAUGUCCAGUGAGCCACUACUGCCCGGCUGGGAGUGCACAGCCCCUGCCCUGCCCUGCAGGAACAUACAAUAACCUGACCGGCCAGGCCAAGUGCUUUCAGUGUGGAGCUGGAUACUACUGCCCUGAGAAAGCAACCACGUACAGUGACUUCCCCUGUCCACCUGGCUUCUACUGUCCUGACGGUACGAGGCAUGCCACUCAGUUCCCCUGCCCCAGGGGCUACUAUAACCCCGAGCCCAUGACCCAGAGCCUAGACAGCUGCCUGCCCUGUCCACCGGGGCGUUACUGUGAGAAGGAAAGACUCACGGCUGUGUCUGGAAUGUGUAAAGCAGGCUGGUUCUGUAUAUCAGCUGCGUGGAACUCCCAGCCCUUCGACCUGGAUAACUACACCAAUGCCAACUGCCUUUGUCCAGCCACAGCAACUGGAGGGAAGUGCCAGGAAGGCUAUUACUGUCCCUCAGGGAGCUCGGAGCCCAUUCCCUGCCCACCUGGAGCCUACUGCAAUGGGUCAGGCUUGUCCCGUCCUAGCGGCUCCUGCUCCGCUGGCUAUUACUGUUCGGGAAGAGCCUCUCAGCCCAACCCUACAGACAAGCUUACAGGGAACCGCUGCCCCCCGGGGAGCUUCUGCGGUUUUGGCUCAGGGGACCCACAGCUUUGUCUCCCAGGCACGUUCUCGAGAGUCCAGGGCCUGGUCAGCGAGUCUGAAUGCUUGCCCUGCACCGAAGGGUUCUAUUGUGAGACAGCAGGUCUGGUCACCCCCAGCGGCCCAUGUCGUCAAGGGUACUUCUGCCCUCCCGGUCAGAGGGUCAGCACUGGCUUUGCAUGUCCGCUUGGUCAUUACUGCCCAGAGGGAAGCCCUGCUCCUGUGAUCUGUGAGUCGGGUUCAUAUCAGAACCUGGACAAACAAGCUGCGUGUAAACCCUGUGAAGAAGGUUAUUACUGUAAUAACAGCCUUGGUCCAGUCGAGGACCCGUCUCAGUACCCAUGCCCACAGGGACAUUACUGUCCACAAGGGACGAGGUUUGCUACCCAGUAUGGGUGCCCAGUUGGGACAUUCAACCCCAGGGUGAGGGUGCAGGAUGUCAGUGGGUGUCUCCCAUGUCCUCCUGGAAAGUACUGCUCAGCUAUUGGCCUCGCAGAGCCCACAGGAGACUGUUUGGCUGGGUUCUGGUGUAAGCAGGGUGCCCAGACAAGAGUCCCUUCCGAUGGCCUGUCUGGUGGAACCUGCUCCCCUGGUCACUAUUGCCCCUCAGGAACUCCCUCCCCUGUACCAUGCCCGCUUGGCACCGUGUCUAACAGCACAGGCGGUGAAAGCCAGGACGAGUGCCAGCCUUGCUCAGGAGGCUUCUACUGUGACAGGACUGGGCUGACUGCCCCAACAGGGCCCUGCGCUCCGGGAUUUUAUUGCUCUCUGAAAUCAGUAACUCCCACACCGGCUGCUGGAAACACUGGGGGCCCCUGCCCAGUAGGUCACUUCUGUCCCCCAGGAACUGCUGUGCCAGUCCCGUGUUUACCUGGGACCUAUAUGACGGGAACACAAGCUUCUGAAUGUGUGGUUUGUCCGGCUGGCAAGUACUGCAUCACAGGGAUGGAGCCUUUGGUGUGUCCAAAAGGGUUUUACUGUCCUGAAGGAACAGGCUACGACUGGCAGCCCUGCACUGCAGGAUCGUACAGUCCUGAAGCUGGUCUGUCUGCUCUGUCUCAGUGCGGGCUCUGCGACGGGGGCCGUUACUGUGCACUGCGCAACGCCACAGCGGCCACUGGAGAGUGCAGGGAAGGGUACUACUGUCUGCUGGGAUCCCGCUUUCCUCAACCCGAAUCAGACACGCCAGGGCAGGCUGGACCUUGUCCGGUGGGUCACUUCUGCCCCCGAGGUACAGCCACCCCUCAGCCAUGCCCACUGGGCACCUUCAGCAACCUGACCAAGCAAACAUCAGAGGCCGACUGUAUCCCAUGCCUUCCUGGUCAUUUCUGUGGUUCAGCUGGGCUCACUGCUCCAACAGGGGAAUGCUGGGAAGGAUUCUACUGUUCCCAAGGAGCCACAGUUCCUAACAGUCCAAUCAGAGACAGCAGAGGAGGUCCCUGCCCAACAGGUCAUUUUUGCCCCAAGGGCUCUGCUGCUCCCCAGCCCUGUCCAGAGGGGACGUACUGUGCAGUGGAGGGGCAGGCAAGCUGCAGCCCCUGUGUGGAAGGGUACUACUGCCCUGUGAACAGCUCUUCCUAUGCGGGUACAGAAUGUGCUCCAGGUCAUUACUGCCCAACAGGAACCUCCUCCUGGAAUCAGAUUCCUUGCCCAGCAGGCACCUACAACCCGUUCCCCCGAGGAGCCAGCCUGCAGGACUGUAUUCCUUGUGAGCCAGGGCUCUACUGUGCAUCGCCAGGUCUCCCCAGAGCCAGUGGGCAGUGUGCUGCUGGCCACUACUGUGUGGGCGGGGCAGUGACCCCCCACCCCAGCAACGGGAUCACUGGAGACAUGUGUCCCAGGGGUCAUUACUGCUCAGAGGGGUCAGCGGUCCCACAGCCCUGUCCACCAGGUCACUAUAGCAACACCACUAAGAACACCGCGCUCUUGGACUGCCUGCCAUGUCCUCAAGGGUUCUCCUGCGAUGGGCACGGCCUGUCUGCCCCCUCAGGUUCCUGCCAGGCUGGGUAUUUCUGCCCCCCUGGCCAGAACUCCAGCAGACCAGCCUCCUACACCUGCGCGACGGGACACAUGUGUCCCCAGGGCAGCUCCCAGCAGAGCCCCUGUCCUCCAGGAACCUACCAGGACCAGCGUGGGCAGGCAUUGUGCAAGACCUGCACUGCUGGGUUUUCCUGUGCUGGUACAAUUCAGACUGAGACAGGGCUCUUGGUUGGAACGCAGAACCCCGACCCCUGCCCGAAAGGUCACUACUGUCCUCCAGGCACAAAAUUGGGAACAGAGCCUCCUUGCCCCGCUGGAACCUUUAACAACCGGACUGGCCUCUCUGACGUCAGCGAAUGUGUGUCCUGUCCGGCUGGAGAAUACUGCAGCUCUGCAGGGCUGUCUCAACCCACGGGGCCGUGCAUAACAGGGUUCCUAUGCUUCCUGGGGGCGUUCUCUCCACACCCUUUGGGCGAUUCUACUGGAAGAAUCUGCACCCCUGGGUUCUACUGCCCCCAGGGUACCACCCGCAUGCUGCCCUGCCCUGCGGGGACAUUCAGCACCUUGGAGGGCGCUGGUUCCCAAGCAGACUGCCGCUUGUGCCCUCCUGGUCUUUACUGUCAGGGUCCAGGGCUGAGCGCCCCGUCUGGAAGCUGCAGUGCUGGAUUCUACUGCACCGGGGGUGCAAAGUCACCCGCACCUACUGACAAUACCACAGGUUAUUCCUGUGAAGCAGACACAGAGAGCUCUGGUGGCGCUGGAUAUUCCCAUAUGAACAGGACGACUACUGCCCUCAACCCGAGAGAGGGGUUCACAGGAAACGUCUGUCCAGCUGGUCACUUCUGCCCUGCAGGGAGCUCCUUGCCAUCUCCCUGCCCUCCAGGCACGUUUCUGGCCAGACGCGGAGCUCAGUUGCAGACGGAAUGCCAGUCGUGUGUCCCUGGGUCCUACUGCUCUCGGUGGGGUCGAAGUUCACCAGAGAGCCUGUGUCCUGAAGGCUGGUUUUGUCCGGAGGGGUCUGUGACUGGAGAGCAGUCAGCAUAUCGGUGCCCACCAGGGCAUGCUUGCCCCAUGGGGAGUGCAGAGCCUAUGCCCUGCCCAUCCGGCUCCUAUCAACCUGCACCCAGACAGUCCUCCUGCAGACCCUGCCCCCCAGGUUUGUACUGCCUGUGGGGCUGCUCCUCCCCUUCCCCCUGCCCCCUGGGUAGUGUGAGUGGUGCAGCCGGUCUGCAGUCAGAGCUGGGCUGCUCCCCCUGUCCUCCUGGAUUCCACUGUAACAGGACUGGGCUGACAGCCCCCACUGGACCCUGCACUGCGGGUUAUUACUGCAGUCAUGGAUCAAAGGAAUCCAGCCCUGUCAAUCAAACCUUUGGAGAUGUGUGCCCACGUGGGCAUUAUUGCCCUGAAGGAAGCAGCCAGCCUGUGCCCUGCCCAGCGGGUACCUACCAGCCUGCCACCCACCGCGUUGAGCAGAGGCAUUGCCUGCCGUGCCCGCCUGGAGCGUACUGUAGCUCGGAAGGGUCAGGCCAAGAAACAGGUCUCUGUUUAGCUGGAUAUUACUGUACAGGUGGUGCAGUCACUCCUACACCACUAGGGGGCCCCACUGAGCACUCACGCCUCAUUGAUGUUUUCUGCAAGCUCAGAACCCCUGCUAACAUUUUCUGUAUGAAUGGUAGCUGUAGCAACGGGACUAAAGCUCAGACAUGUUUUGAUUGGUGUUCAGCUGGUCCUUGCUGUGAUGGAGAGGGGGGAGCUGGUGCUUCAGGGAGCUGCUCCCCAGGAUGGUCGUGCCUGGACUGGACUCUGACUAGCAAACCCUGCUCCGUUCCCACAAUCAGAGCCACUCUGAACAGCUCUGAGACGCUGCUAAAGGGUGCUACGUGCGGCGCUAACUUCACUGGAGGUGUUUGUCCCAAAGGAUUCUAUUGCCCUGAAGGUUCCGCCUGGCCCGUACCAUGUGACUUUGGCCAGUUUUGUCAUCGGUCCCGCCUCUCUCUUCCUACUGGACCAUGUGCCGCCGGGUUCUAUUGUGGGGGCGGGGCAUCAGUCCCUAACCCCACUGCCUGCCCCCCUGGACAUUACUGCCCACAGGGCACCCCGAACCCAUUGCCCUGCCUUCCAGGGUCCUUCAACACCUUUCCUGGAGGAUCAACAUCAGCUGACUGCAGACCGUGCCUCCCCGGUCAUUACUGUGGGCAGCAUGCACUGGCCGCUCCUAGUGGCGUGUGUGCUGCUGGCUACUACUGUCCGGGUGGCCAGAAUUCAUCCAGGCCAAUGUAUUACCCCUGCUCCCCGGGACACUUCUGCACUGAGGGGAGUUCCAAUCAGACGAGUUGCCCUUCAGGCACCUACCAGGCUGGCUGGACUCAGUCUGCCUGUGAAGAGUGCCCAGCAGGGCUCUACUGCCAGGGUCCAGGUGUCAUCCAUCCAGCUGUCUGUCCAGUGGGAUCCUAUUGUCCACCUGGCUGUACAUCAGCAAAUCAGUACUUGUGUCCUCCUGGUAGCUAUGGAAACCGUCCAGGGUUGGCUAAGGCAUCUGACUGCUCUCCCUGCGAUCCUGGAAUGUACUGCAUGGGUUCAGGCAGCACCAGGCCGUCUGGGCUGUGCAGUCCUGGGUUCUAUUGCACUGGAGGGUCUGCCAUUCCUGCCCCUGGUGACGGUGUGAUGGGAGACAGGUGCAGGGCGGGGUUCUACUGCCCCAGGGGGAGCGCCACAGAGCAGGCCUGUCCUGCAGGAACCUUCAGUAACAGGCCUGGGCUCUCGGACUCUGCACAGUGUCAGGCCUGCUCACCUGGGCACUUCUGCACUGAAUCUGGACAGCCAGCUGUCUCUGGACCCUGUUUGGCAGGUUUUUAUUGUCUGGAAGGCUCUCGGAGUUCCACUCCUAUUUUGAAAGAAUUCGGAGGUGUCUGCAGCCCGGGACACUUCUGUCCGAAUGGGACAGCCCUUCCUGUCCCCUGCCCGACUGGCACAUACAGAGCAGAGAGCGGGGGGAGAUCGAAGGGGGACUGCACGCCAUGCCCUGCAGGUUCCUAUCAGGGUCUGGAGGGUCAAAGGCAGUGCGACCCUUGUCCCCCUGGGUUUUACUGCAGACCCCAGGCUUUGCAUGCCCAGGGAGCUGUGAUCCCACAGCCUUGCCCAGCCGGGCACUUCUGCCCCAGAGAGACAGAGUUUGGCACCCAGAAGCCCUGCCCCCAAGGAACCCACAGCAGGCAGUUGGGAUUGACCUCUGCAGCUGAAUGCUCCCCUUGCCCGGCUGGCUAUUUCUGUGGUUCUGAAGGUCUGGUUCAGCCCACCGGACCCUGCGCUCCCGGCUUCUACUGUACAGCAGGGGCCUGGGUACCGAACCCCAGCGAUGACGUCACAGGCGCUGCCUGCCCCAGAGGGAAGUACUGCCAGGCAGGAUCUGUUUCAGGCAGCUGCUUUGCAGGAUUUUACUGCGACCUGGGAUCCAGCAGACCAGACCAGAAGAUCUGCCCCUGGGGGUUUUAUUGCCCGAAUGGCACAGGCGUCCCCGUCCCGUGUGAGGCUGGGACAUACAGCUCUUCAUCUGGGAAUAGCCAAGCGACUGACUGCAGACUGUGUCCCUCCGGCAUGUUCUGUCAGGGCGAUGCCAACACUGCUCCCGGGGGUCUUUGCUCAGAAGGGUUCUACUGCCCCCCUGGGCAGAUCUCAUCCAGACCGACCGCCUCUCGCUGUCCCCGGGGGCAUUACUGUCCUGCAGGGUCAGCUGCCCCAAAGCCUUGUGGGAUAGGAACCUUCCAGCCGCGGGAGGAACAGGGAUCAUGUGACGUCUGUCCGGCAGGCUUCUACUGCCACCCAUCCAAUGAUUCGGGAGUGGUGCGGCCCGAACCGUGCCCUCAGGGUUAUUUCUGUCCUCCUGGUACCCAGUCGGGCACUGAGUCACCCUGCCCCAGAGGAACCAUCGGACCCCAGGCAGGAGCCGGCAGUCCAGCCCAGUGCCAGCCCUGUCCUGCAGGGAUGUACUGUGCAUUCCCAGGCCUUUCCGAACCCACGGGACCCUGCCAUGCCGGCUUCUUCUGUUCUGGGGGAGCUAGCAGCCCGAACUCCUCUGAAUACAUGGUUAAAUCUGAUGGGAUUUCCUUUGCUGGUAACAGUGUGUGCCCGGUUGGUCAUUUCUGCCCAGCUGGUACAGGAUACCCACUGCCCUGUCCUGCCGGCUCCUUCUCCAGCUCUCCGGGACUGAAGGGAGCAGACCAGUGUGAGCGGUGUCCCCCUGGGUACCACUGCCACAGCCCUGGGCUGGCACACCAGAGCCAGACCUCCCCUUGUGAUGCAGGCUACGUAUGUCUUGGAGGAAGUGCUACCGCCCGUCCUACUGAUGGUCUCCACGGUUACCGGUGUCCCAGUGGGUUCAGCUGUCCUGCCGGAGCUGGCAUUGAGGUGCCCUGUGAGCCUGGCACCUAUAGCCCUAUGCCAGGGGCUAGCGUGUGUCUUCCCUGUCCUGCGGGCACCAUGUGCAACUCCACCGGCACUGAGGAGCCCAGCCUCUGCCCCAGAGGUUAUUAUUGCCCCCCGCAGACUGCCCUGCCCCUGCCCUGCCCCGCGGGCACACUGAGCAGCCUGGAAGGAGCCCUGUCUGUCUCUGCUUGUGUGCCCUGCCCAGCUGGACUGUACUGCAGGGGAGAGGCAAAUACAGGGCCAGACGGCCCGUGCCUGCCUGGGUAUUACUGCCAGGGGGGCGCGGUUGAUGCAGUACCACAGGGCUCUGCCGUGUUUCCCAAGAACGGACCCUGUCCUCUCGGGCACUACUGCCCAGCGGCAGCUCUCGCACCAGUGCCCUGUCCACUGGGAAGCAUCAAAAACACAACAGGUGGUUCUUCCUUGGCAAGCUGUCUGCCCUGCCCGGCUGGUCACUACUGCUCCAGCGAGGGUCUAAGCAUGCCCAGUGGCCACUGCUCUGCAGGGUUCUAUUGCCCCUCAGCAUUUACCUCUAUCAGCCCCAACGCCUUCCUCUGCCCAAAGGGUCACCACUGCCCCCCCGGCUCGGCUCACCCACACUCCUGUCCAACUGGAGAGUACCAGCCCAACCCGGGGUCUGAUUACUGCAUUCCCUGCAGACCAGGCUUCUACUGCGAAGAGGCCAUUGCUGGAGACCCCCGACCCUGCCCUCCACACACAUACUGCCCCGCUGCCACGCAGGUCCCUCAGCUCUGCCCCAAUGGGACCUUCACCCCAACUACCAUGUCCGGCCUCCAAGAGGAGAGAGAAUGCUUGCCCUGCCCUUCAGGGAAGUUCUGCAGAGGAGGGAAGAUCCAGGGAAGCUGUGCCGCCGGUUUCCUCUGCUUGUCUGGGAGCUCCGAGUUCACCCCCCGUGGCUCUGAACUGGUGAACCGCACCAGCUGUGAGUGGGGAGAGAUGUGUGCCGGGCCCUGUCCUGCAGGGUUCUACUGCCCUGAAGGAACGAAGGAGCCCAGGGCAUGUCCAGCACACACUGUCAGAGCCUCACCAGGGGCCAGCCAAAGAGACCACUGCCUUCCCUGCCCUCCACAGUACUGGUGCAAAGAAGGGGACCCUGUCCGGCAUCUGUGCCCCGCUGGACAUUACUGCAAUGGGCUCAAGGAAAGUGACCCUCAGAUCGCAGCGGGACCGCGAGAGUGUCCGGUGCACACAUACCGCGCUGACCCUGGGGCAGGGAGCAGAGGGGACUGCCUGACCUGUCCUGCUGGAUACCACUGCAACUCCACAGGUAUCAUAGACUAUGUCCACUACCCCUGUCCGCCAGGGUUCUGGUGCCCCUGGUCAGGAAGUCCGGUUCUGUGUCCAGCAGGAACCAUGAGAACUGAACCGGGCAGUACCGCAGUGAGCCAGUGUGACCCCUGCACUGCCGGCUUCUACUGUCCCGAUCCGAUGGUAACUGGCCAGCCCAACAUCCACGGGAUUCCCUGCCGAGCCUCCUAUGAGUGCCCCCCAGGUGCAGUGACUGAAGUGUUGUGCAGAGCCGGAUCGUAUUGUGGACCCCAGACUGGAACCCCCAGCGCCUGUCCUGGGGGGUAUUUCUGUCCAGAGGGAUCCCAAAGUUACAACACACCUGCACAGCUGUGUGUGUUCCCCUUCUACUGCCCCCCGAGCAGUUCGCGGCUGCUGCCCUGUGAUGGGGGCUUCAUGCCGGUCAAUGCGAGCGGCCUCAGGGACUCACUGGAGAAGAGCUGUGUGGAGUGCCGUUCUGGGACAUACAGACCCAGCUUAGAGAGUGAACUCCACUGCCUGCCCUGCCCUGCUGGAUACCACUGUCCCCAAGGCACAGAGCACUACAUGUCGAACUCGUGUCCCAUUGGGUACUACUGCCCUGCUGGCACGGCACUGGCGGUACCAUGCCCUCCCGGUUCCUACGGCAACAGCACCCAAGCAAAGCAUCGUGGGGAAUGUUACCCCUGCCCUGCAGACACCUUUAAUCAUCUGUUUGGCCAGAAAGCCUGCUUUCCAUGUGGGAGCUCAUCCUUCUCACUUCCUGGCGCUGACUCCUGCACCUGCCGUGGACUGAACCGGGCCUUCCAGCAGUCCGACGGCUCGUGCAUCUGCAGAGCGGGCUACGUGUAUUACAAUGAGCUGGACCAGAAGAGAUCCACCGGCAACAGCGACAUGGACUGUCAGUCAGAGGUGAACGAGCGCUGUGGCCCCGGAGAGGUGAGGCUGGCCUCCACGAGAGAGUGUGUCCUGCCUGGAGGAUAUGACUGCACUGCAGCCUGUGGGAGCCAGGGAGGGAACCUUGCUGUGGAACUUGGAAUCUGCCACUGCGCAGAGUAUGUGUCAGCUGAAGAACUCUGCAACGCCUCUUGUUUGUCUGAGAUGCCCAAGAUUACCGCUAGUCUGGGGCCAAAUGGACAACUUGUGCUAAACAUCAAGGAUGGAGAGGCCAGAGGGACCAGGAACAAACAUGUGGUGGAUACGCUGGGUCCUGAGGAGUACAGCCCUGCCGCUGGGAGUGUCCAUAUUGUCCACUUUGCACCCCACGGGGUGUUUGGAUUGAUUGUGAAAGAGAGAAGACUGCUUGACGUUUUUCUCUCAGGAGAGAGUACGAGUUCCGAGGUGACAGAGACCCCCGAUAGCUUGUUAAGGAAUCGAAGGAGCUCAGAACACGUUGCUGCAGCACCCAGGAUCCCCAACCCCAUCGCCUGUCUCAAACCCAACGACAUGAUCAUCUUUCAGCUCUCCCUCAACCACCGCAACCGCAGCCGAAGCCACUUCCCAGUGUACCAGAAAGACCAUCUCUUCAACAGCAACCCCAGCUGGGAUUCAGGAGCCUUCCGAAGACUAGGGCACUUGAUCAAGGAGACUCGGUUCAACGUCUCCAGAUUCGCCCACGUGUUCUCGGAGCCUGGGAAGUACGUGUUGCUGGACAAUGCAGCGCCGGAGCGCAGCCUCAUCGUGGUGGUCAGCGAGCAUCAUACUGAGUGUGAGUCCAGGAGCUUCCAGCCCUCGUCACCAGGGCAGCUGGUCCGACACGGCGUUCUCAAGCAGCGGCAGCUCAAUUUGGUACCGAACUGGGGCGCCAUUGCAGGUGUGCUUUGUCUCCUGGCCCUGGCGGUCGCUGUGCUGACGGUCUCGGCUCUGGUUCUGAAACCCGUUCACGCUGGACUGAGCCCAUGGAGGAUCUGGAAACCCAAGUGGCGCAGCUUGGGAGAGCCCUGCAUCCCUCCGGGUUACAUCUACACCAGGGCCAGUUUGGAAUGCUAUGACACUCUUGCUUGCCGGGGAGAGGGAGAAGGAGCAGAGAUAGAAGAGGAGUCUGCAGUUUUCAAAGCCGGUAAAAGGCCAGGGGAGAUGGAUUUGGAGGAUUUCAAUGUGCGGACCCUCUAUGAUAAACUGGAGGACCAGAACCUUCAUCUGGCUGCCCAGCUGUCCAAGCACCGUAGUGAAAUGCUGGACUUCUACAAGAGCAUCUGCCAGCAGACUGAGGCUUUGAAGGAAACGAUGGAGGGUAUGGACCCUGCUAGACUGGCUGUGCUUGAGAAGAAGUGGGUCCUGUUUGAAACACCUGGUCUAAUUAAGAGAAUUGAAGACCAGGAAACCAGCAGCCCAACCAACGACAAGAGCUGUUCCUCCGCUCACCUAUUGGAGGCGCUGUUGAGAGGUGUGGAGGAUCUGCUCUUCGGGAUGAGUUCAGAGAAUCUUUCCAUCCGCCGAGAGGAAGCACAGAGGCAUUGUGGGAUAGCAGAUUGCUUGAGCGUGUCGAGCGUGCCCAGUCACUUGGGGGUGGAUACUGGGCAUGCCAAGGGCUCUCUGUUCCAGGAUCCCAGCACCUCCCAGCAGCCAGCUCCCAAACAAACACUAACUGCUGACACAGGAGAGUCUUUUCCAGACACAGGAGAGGCCUGCCUCUCAGGGCAGCAGCUGCAGGUUGCGGACGCAGGCUUGUGUUCUUUAAGUGACCAGGAGCUUGGAGACCUGAUCACAGCCACCCCGCUCUCCAGCACACUGCAGCAGAUACUGGAGUCGCUUCGAGACAGACACGCCCGGGAACAAGGCAGGGAAACAUGGGAGCGUAGAGAAGCACCCAGGCCACAGACGGAGGCAGGAGAACUAGUUCCUGUUGACCUGGAAGCUCUGACUCCUCAAAACUUCACUGUGUUCCUCUUUGGCCGCCACAUUGUGCGCCUGCUGUGCAGCACCUGUAGCUUCCCCCCAGUCACUCUCCUGCUGGCACAAACAGUUCCGGACAGUAGUGGGACUGCGCACCACUAUCAGUAUUAUUAUCACUACACUGGAUAUUUCUACUAUGACACCUGCAAUCGAAUCCUGUACCUGCACACAGCCAAGCUGGACAACUUGGGGGAGUUUAGUGCUGUGCUCCUGCACACUAUGGCACACAUCAGUGCAGGAUCUCAACCCAGAGAAAAGCAAUCUGCUGUGUUUAUCAGAGAGUUUCACAAGGCUAUAUCAGCAGUGUGCGCUGCAUUCUUCCACGCUCACUACCAAGUUGACACCUGGGAAGAUGCGAAGGAAAAGGGGGAUUCCUGUGCCAGUACAGCAGGGUCUGCCCGGCAGUCCGUAUUUGAAGAUUUCAUGAACCUGAAGGUGCCACCCGAAAGAAGGUUCUCCAAAGAAAUGCUGGAGGAAAGGCUUAAAAAGUUCAGAUCUUUUCUUUUGCACCUCAAUCUCCGAGCGGUAAUGAAGCAGAGAAGACAAACGGAGGGUCGGCACGCUGUGAACGGACAAGAAGAAACAGAGCCUGAACACAGAGGAGAUUCAGCAUUGCAAGCGAGGAUCCAGGCCCUGGAAGAGGAGACUGAUGGGCUCAAUGAGGACUUCUUGCAGCUCACUACCCAGCUGCUGGAACAGAAGGAGCAGGGCAGGCAGCUGGAGGAGAAGCUGGAAGCGUUGGAGCAGCAGACACAGGAUGCACAUGACACUGUGAGGGGGGAUGAUUUUGAGCGUAUCCUGAAAGCCCUGGCCCAGGGCAGAGAGGAAGCCCUGAUGCUGGCGCUGAAGAGACACUGUGUGUCCCAGAGGCUGAGUGAAAUUGAAACGGAUCUAUCCGCGCUCCGUGUCGCAGUUCAGUGAGCAGCACUGUGCCGGGUUUCUGCAGUAAGGGGAGGGAAACGACCAAGCUGAUAUAUUUACAGAGCUGCUGACGGCCUGGCUAAGGGGAGCGGCUCCUUUACAGUUUUUUGGAGCUCCUUUUGACAUCUGGUGGGAUAUGAUGGUUUACAAGUACAUUGUUUUGCCUGCUGAUUUAUAUUAAUUUUGUUUCCCUUUUCUGUGUGUAAAAUUCAUAUACAUAAAAACAAGAAAUGUUUGCUUUAACACCGUUAAUAGGGUUUAGCGCCGUCAAGGUAAACUAUAUAUAUAUAUAAUUUUUCUGGAGGAAUAUGUAACAGUUAAUCCAUUUUUAUUACAACCUCUGAUUCCUCCAGAGAAAGCUGACAGUUGGAAACGAUAGCAGAGACUCCCAAAUGGCCCACAGACUCAUCACUUGUGAAUAAUUUGAGAAGUUUUAAACACAGAAGCACCUGCCAACCAAGUUCCUACUAUUUGCCCGCUAUCAUGCCCGUUGUUACUGAAACAGAGUCACAUUUUACAAUGCAGAAUGAGUGUGUGGGGUGGGUUCUGUUGUUUGAGGGACACCCAUGUACAUAAGUGUGUGCUACAUAGCACAGGUGGGGUUUUUUUUUUCCCUCCAACCCUAUAGUUCGACUCAUUUUGCCAGGAACAAUUGUGUUUCCUUUUUACUGUAAAUAUCAUGUACAUCAGCGCCCAUGUGAAUAUGCUACAAUCUUUACAUGUGUUAUAGCUUUGUGUGUAACAUACAGCAUUUUAGAUGUUGAAAUAAACAUCUGAAACCAUA